CAUGUCCAAAGUGGAUCCCUACACACACCUAAAAAUCUCCCUCAACCCCGACGGCUCACUGACCCGCCACCCCACCUCCGCCGAAACCGGAGAAACCCCCGGCCACGGCGUCCUCAGCAAAGACGUAACCCUCGACGCCGGCAAGAAAACGUGGCUGCGGAUCUACCUCCCCGCCCGCCUCCCUUCGAACGACAACACCGUCGCCCGCCUCCCCGUCAUCUUCUUCUUCCACGGCGCCGGAUGGAUCCGCGCCGCCGUCUCCCACGACAGCUGCAACCGCAUCUCCGCCGAGGUCCCCGCCGUCCUCGUCGCCGUCGAGCUCCGCCUCGCGCCUGAGAACCGCCUCCCCGCGCAGUACGAGGACGCGGUGGAUGCUGUUGCGUGGGUCAGGGACCAGGCCACGGAUGGCGGCGAUCAGUGGAUCACAGACUACGCCGAUUUAUCGCGCUGCUACCUCUACGGCGUCCGCUGUGGCGCUAACGUAGCAUACAACACCGCCCUGCGCCUGCAGGACAUAGAGUUGCAUCCGGUGAAAAUGGCGGGAACCAUUCUGAACCAGCCAUUUUUUGGGGCGAAACAGAGGACUAAGAGCGAGCUAGAGCGGGCGUGGGAUGAUAAUUUGCCGCUGUCAGUGCAAGACUUGCUGUGGGAGCUAGCGCUGCCGGUUGGGACGGACAUGGAUCACCGCUUCAGUAAUCCCUUCGUGGCCAAGGAGAAGGUGAAGAAUAUUGGGAGGUGUUUGGUUAUUGGUUUUGGCGGGGACCCGUUGAUUGACCGCCAGCAAGACUUGGUUAAGAUGCUGGUGGAGGAGGGGGUGGCGGUCGAGGCGCGUUUCCACGACGGCGGCUUCCAUGGCGUAGAUAUGGUCGACUCUAAGAGGGCGACCACCAUUCUCAAUUACAUCAAAACUUUUGUUUGA